AUGGAUGGCACACCCCCUUUCAUUCGACCAAACACCUGUGAGAUGUAUCCGCGCCGGAGGACAACGGAAUUCUACAGGUCUCCGCAGCCAAGAGCCUCAUCCCAAAGUCGCCGGGCGGAGCAUCCGAAGGAUGUGCUGAACGUAAUCCCCGACCAAAAUCGGGAGGCCGCUCGACGAUUGCCACGCAUCCAGCCGCCAAAUAACUCGGAUAGUAAUUUUCUUCGAAAUGGUUAUUUUUCGUAAAUUAAAUUAUUGUUUUUAAAGUUUUUUA